AUUAUAGACGCUGCGUCACAUCCGCGAGACUUAGAGCUCGUGUGGCAGCGGUGCGGAGCGGUCGGGUUCUCAGCGGCGUGGAAACUUGUGGUGGUGACAGGCUGCGGCCGAGCCUCUGUGAAGAAGGUGCAAGAGGUUGGCAGCUUCGGUUGAAGCACAUCGAGCCGAGCGGCGGCGGCGGCAGCAACAGCAGCAGCAGCAGCAGCUAGGAGUCAUGAGCGACAGCGGCGAGCAGAAUUACGGCGAGCGGGUUAAUGUUGAAGAAGGAAAAUGCGGAAGUCGUCAUUUGACAAGUUUUAUAAAUGAGUAUUUGAAGCUCAGGAAUAAGUGAAGCUGAAAUUUGAAAAAAUUAAAGAAUGCAUGCUAAUUAUCAGACCAGAAGUCCCACUUGUAGAAUAUUGAGCAAUUUGUGUGAAGUGGGGAAGAUGAAAGAAGUCAGAAUUUGAAACGGAAGAAUGAAGAAAAGAAAUAAAAAUGAAGUUAAGAUAAGAAGUAAUCUGGAAUCAGAAAGCACUACGCUAAGUAAUUACUAGUCUGUUUAUGUGUCCCUGUAUAUUUUGCUAAACAUGCAUGCAUUAUUUGUUUAAUAGAAGAAAAUAUAUACAGGGUAAAGAAGUGCCUUCCAGGGGGAACGUUUAAAUUAGCUGAAUGAGAAGGGUUACUGCUAAAAACACCGUGGCUUCCCUUAGAAUAAGCUGAAUAGAAGAGUCAGAUGAUUGUAAUGAUGUUGCCUUCAGUUGGAUGGAACAAGUACACAUCAAAGUAAUACUCAAUGAUAGCCAACCAACAGCUGUCUUCUACCCUAUUGGAGAAGCCAAGGAAUCCCGUUCUGCUUCCAGAAGUGGAAGUGCUCAUGGAUCUGGGAAAUCUGCAAGGCAUACCCCUGCAAGGUCUCGCGCCGAGGAAGAUUCCAGGCGUUCCAGAUCAAAGUCCAGGUCCAGAUCUGAAUCUAGGUCUAGAUCCAGAAGAAGUUCUCGAAGGCAUUAUACAAGAUCACGAUCUCGGUCUCGCUCCCAUAGACGAUCCCGGAGCAGGUCUUACAGUCGAGACUAUCGGAGGCGUCAUAGCCACAGUCAUUCUCCCAUGUCUACUCGCAGACGUCAUGUCGGGAAUCGGGCAAAUCCUGAUCCCAACUGUUGUCUUGGAGUAUUUGGAUUGAGCCUGUACACUACAGAAAGAGAUCUCAGAGAAGUAUUCUCUAAAUAUGGCCCCAUUGCUGAUGUGUCUAUCGUAUAUGACCAGCAAUCUAGACGUUCAAGAGGAUUUGCCUUUGUAUAUUUUGAAAAUGUAGAUGAUGCCAAGGAAGCAAAAGAGCGUGCCAAUGGAAUGGAGCUUGAUGGACGUAGAAUCAGAGUUGAUUUCUCCAUAACCAAAAGACCACAUACCCCAACACCAGGAAUUUAUAUGGGGAGACCUACCUAUGGCAGCUCACGCCGUCGUGAUUACUAUGACAGAGGAUACGAUCGAGGCUAUGAUGAUCGGGACUACUAUAGCAGAUCAUACAGAGGAGGUGGUGGAGGUGGAGGAGGAUGGAGAGCUGCUCAAGACAGGGAUCAGAUUUACAGAAGGCGGUCACCUUCUCCUUACUAUAGUCGUGGAGGAUAUAGAUCACGUUCCAGAUCUCGAUCAUACUCACCUCGUCGCUAUUAAAGCAUGAAGUGGAAGGAUUUCUGAAACCUAUCUUAGAGUUUGGAUAUUGUUUGUGGACAAUAUUUUUUAUUGUCUCCUGUUUAAAAAGUGAACAGUGCCUAGUGAAGUUAGGUGACUUUUACACCUUUUAUGAUGACUACUUUUGGUGGAGUUGAAAUGCUGUUCUCAUUCGCAUUUGUGUAGUUUGGUGCUUUGUUCCAAGUUAAGUGUUUUCAGAAAAGUAUGUUUUGCAUGUAUUUUUUUACAGUCUAAAUUUUGACUGCUGAGAAGUUUUUAUUGUACAAAACUUCAUUUAAAGGGUUUUUCUACUGAAUCCAGGGUAUUCUGAAGAUCGAAGCCUGUGUGUAAAAUGCUACCAAAUGGCAAAAAGCAACAAUAAAGUUUGAUUUUUACUUUUCUUUCUAA